AAGACAUUUCAAAUCAAGAUUUUAUCAAAAGCUGUGUAGUUGAAGUUUGUAAAGAAGAAGUAGCAUCUGGAUGGAGGAAGAUAACUGAUCACGAACUAAGUAAAGCAGAAGCCAACAGAACUUUAGCUUCAUAUUAUGUAGACCACAAAGAUGAGUAUAUGUGUCUAAGCUAUUCGGCUAUGCAAUUUUCAAAAAAAGCAAAAAUAGCUAACAUAAUAAAGACUAUGAAUACGUUUAAAGAAGUUUUUAUUACUAAACAAAAUGAUACUAAUUCUAACAAAGAGCGUUUAUUACUACUUACAACUAAGACUAAAGUUUUUUUAUUACAAAUUUUUGAAAAAGUUUACAAGAAUUUUAGAAAAAAUAAAAUUGUCCAGACGGCUAAAAGAGAUCAUCAAUUUCAUCUUGCAGUUUUAAACAUCAUGGCAAACAAGAAACAAAUGCUGUUAGAAUCCAGUAGUGAUUGCAUUCUAGCAAGAGAUAAAUGUGACUAUUGUAGCACACUUUUAAAUAUUUCAAGUCUGAACCCUAUUGUUCUUGUAUAUAGCCAUGAAUAUCAUGAAGCUUAUUUUAAUAUUAUUUUUUCUCAAAAAUGUUCUUAUUGUCAGUCUUUUCUUGAAAAG